CAUUGGUUUUAAAAUAUUGUUAAUUAAUGGUAAUUCAAAAUUUUUUGGUUGAAAGUGAAUUGUUAUUGUGAGUGAAAGGAGCAAAGGUUCCUAUCAAACGUUCUCCAAGCGAGACUUCAGAAGAAAUCUUGAAAUACAAGUUUAUUUUUCAGGUUUAGGUGUUCCGGAGUCGGCGUAGCAGAUUCCGGAGUCAGCUUAGCGGGUUGCAGAUUCGGCGUAGCAGGUUGCAGAGUCGGCGUAGCAGAUUCCGGAGUCGGCGUAGCAGGUUCCAGAGGCGGCGUAGCAGGUUGCAGUCGACGUGGGAGGUUCCGGAGUCGACGUAGCAGCGACGCAGGUUGCAGUGCGAGGAGGUCUACAAAACCAAACAACCUGUGCUGGGAUAGAUUUAUUUCUAGAUGCGAGCCCGCUGCCGCUGAAGCGAUGCCGUCCGAGGAGGAACCCGCGGCGAUGGACACCCGGGAGGCCGCCGACGGCUCACCCCAGCAGUUCUGCCUCCGGUGGAACAACUACCAGACGAAUCUCGCCGUAUGCUUCGAUCAGCUGCUCCAGAGCGAGUCGUUCGUGGACGUGACGCUGGCCUGCGAGGGCCAGAGCCUGAAGGCCCACAAGGUCGUGCUGUCUGCCUGCAGCCCCUACUUCCAGACCCUGUUCAUGGACAACCCCUGCCGGCACCCGAUAAUCAUAAUGCGCGACAUCAAGUACUGCGACCUGAAGGCGGUGGUAGACUUCAUGUACCGCGGGGAGAUAAACGUGUCGCAGGACCAGAUAUCGGCACUGCUGAAGGUGGCCGAGAUGCUGAAGAUCAGGGGUCUGACCGACGUGAGCGGCGAGCACGCCGUGCUGAGGUCCGCCUCGGCCGGCGGGGGUGGGCCGGAGGCGCGCCCGGCGAAGAGGCCCACGAGCCGGGAGGCCGACUCGCCGGCGAAGGUCCGACGCCGCUCGUCGGACCGGAGCCCGGGGCCGAGCCCGCGCGUGUCGCCGAGCGCGCAGGGGGACAUGCUGCCGCCGGCCGACACGCCGGCGCCGCCGAUCGCGUUGCACGCCGACGACGUCGACAUCCGCCCCGGCAUCGCCGAGAUGAUCCGCGAGGAGGAGCGGGUCGGAUAUGCUAUCGAUCAGGCGAAAUUACUUGAGAACUCUCACGCCUGGCUCGGAGCUUCCACGUCGUCCAUCGCAGCAGAUAGCUACCAGUACCAGCUGCAAUCCAUGUGGCAGAAGUGCUGGAACACCAAUCAGAGCCUUGUGCACAACCUGCGGUUCCGUGAACGUGGACCUCUGAAGUCCUGGAGACCGGAGACCAUGGCUGAGGCCAUCUUCUCCGUGCUGAAGGAGGGGCUGUCUCUGUCCCAAGCUGCGAGGAAAUACGACAUACCCUACCCGACUUUCGUGCUGUACGCCAACCGAGUCCAUAACAUGCUUGGACCGAGCGCUGACGGAGGAGCAGAUUUGAGGCCGAAAGGUCGCGGGCGGCCGCAGCGCAUCUUGCUGGGCGUGUGGCCGGACGAGCACAUUCGCGGCGUCAUUCGCGCGGUCGUGUUCCGCGACUCGCACACGCCGCACACCACACACCACAUCAAAGAGGAGGUGCUCCCGGUCUAUCCCCCCAUAACGGAUGGCAUGAACGUGCAGAACUCGUACGCGGUGGCGUGCGGGAACGGGCGCGAAGGUGGCGUGUCGCCGAACGCCGCGGCGGCCGCAGCGGUCGCCGCGGUGGCGCACGGCCUGCGCCGGCAGAUGUGCAACAUGGUGGUGGCGGCACAGCGCCCGCCCGACCACCCGCCGCACCUGGGCCUGCCGCCGCUGCCGCUGCAGUCGCCGCGCCUCGCCUCGCCGCUCUCCGCCGGCCUCGAGUCGCCGCUGUGCUCGCCGCCGCCGCCCGGCCACGCCCUCGAGCCCCCCAAGCCCGCCGACCCCUUCCGCCCCUUCGCCUCGCCGCGCCCCGACAGCCGCUACGGCGAGCGCGAUGGCGCCCCCGACGUCACCGACAUGGGCCCCCCUAAGACCCCCGUCUCGCUGGCCAAGAACGGCAAGGACAUGACGAGCCCGGUGCCGGUAAAGAUGGAGCCGCCACCGGCGGAGGCGCGAGCCGAGAACAUGUGAAGCGAGGCCGCGGGAGCGGCGGGGUCCCACGCACCUGUCGGCGUGGCUCCGCCGCUGCCCGCUUACCCGUACUUCGUGCCCAACCGCAACUCCGUCGGCUACUUCUAGGCGGCGCGGGCGCAGUCGCGGAUGCGGGCGCGAGCGCGGGGGCGCCCCCCACUCCCCCCCACCCGCGCCCCCCUCACUAUUUAACGGAGAAACCGUAUCGGCAUUACUUUAUCGUAUUUAAUUAUUUAAAAGUGGACCCGCUGUGCAAUAAAUUGCUUGUUGUUUAGUUACGAAUUUCAUAUUAUGUACUAUGAAAGAAUAUUUUUUAGUUUAAUAUUAUUUUUUCCUUUGUAUACAUUAUAGUUUGUGUAUGUGUUCCAGUGACAUACUUUAAGUAUAUUCGGUUAGCUUAGAGGAGAGGGCGGGCGGCGUGGCGCGCGUCUCGCCGCCCGCCCGCACUAGUAUUACACUACAAUAUUAUUAUGUAUUACUUAUAUUAUGCUAAGCUUCUGGAGAACUAGAUUCAUCUGCGAGCGGAGGGAUAUCAAAACUUAAAACAUUUGGCCGGACUCAAAAGACUGUUUGGUAUACCUACUCAUAUAUUUCAGCUGCAUACAUACGUCUAAGAAAAUCUACGAUUAUAAAUUAACCCUAGGCUUAAUGUAACGAUAAAUGUAACGUUCGUUUGUUUUAAAUGUCAGGUCGAUGUCAAUUUCUCUAUAGCGUUAGUGAGUGUCGCUUCCCCCACUCGUCACGACGCGACGCGACGACGCGGCGGCGCGGCGUGCAGCGCAUCACACACGUACGAGUAGACUUAGUGAUCGCCAAAUGUAUUAUAGAUGUAUCUUAGCCAGUAGUGAAUGUUCCAAAUGUUAGACUAAAUUAGAUGUUUCGGGGCUCAGCCGAGUGUCAGCAGUCCACCGUCUCCCCGCGGCCGGCUCGGGGCUCGCGUAUCUCAACACUACACCGUUUAUGUCGUAGUCAUACUCUGUUAUAUUUAAUAGAUGUCUACUUAAUGUGUAUCGAGAUAUUAGUAUCAAACAUACGAAAAAUACAAAAAAAAAAUCGUCAUCUCUAUUAUAUAAUAUAAGAUACAGUGUCUAUCUACCCCGCGAAGGGAACAUAAUAUUAUACUUGUGUAAUUGGGUGUCAAUUUGAAUUAGUGUGUACCGGCGAAGAAAGAGAGACAUCGGCUUGCCCAGUAGUGUAGACGCACAGAGCGCGCGCGGGCUUCGUCGUUUCCCUUAGUGUAGGCGCACAGAGCGGGGCGCGCUUCGUCGGACUCGUUCGUGUUACGCACCGAGCGGCGCUCGGGCUUCGUCGAGCCCGUUCGCGAACGCCCAGAGCGGCGCGCGCUGGACUCUUCAAACCCGUUCGUGUAACGCACGCACAACGAGCGGGGCGCGCCCUUCGUCGAGCCCGUUCGUGUAACGCGCAGAGCGGGGCGCGCGGGCUUCGUUGGGCCCGUAAGUGUAGACGCCUGACGCAUAGAGCGGCGCGCGGGAUUCGUCGAGCAUCCGGUGAUCCCGUGACUUACGAUGUAGCUAGUUUACAUUUCAAUUUACUUAGAUUAGCUGUAACUUAGCAUCGCUCGCGCCGACGUACAUGCAUCCCGGGACGACUUCUCCCGACCACUUGGCGUGUAUUCGAGGUGUAUAUGUACAAAUUUGAUUUACGAACACCGAGCAAUUAUUUUGUUUAUAGACGUUUCGGCGGGAAAAAUUUCUUAAACGGACCUUCUUGCCGCAAGGGUAUACCAUUUAGACGUUGUUGGCGGACAGGAGUUGGCGUAAGCGACCGCCGCGCCGGGGACCCCCCCGAGCGCCGAGCGGGUAUAUAAUAAGUCUUCAAGUGGCCUUGAUAUCUCACUAUUGUUUGGAAUUUGGAUUAUUCGAUUCGGUUGAAGUUUGGAAACUAGUGUAUAAUAAAGACCAAAUUAUAAAAAAAGAAUACAUUCGAUUCAGAUAGUGUUGAAACUUUUGGCUAUCCUUUUGGAAAUAAAGUUAAUGUAGGUGAAAAUUAAAUUAAAAAAUAUAUAAGCGGCCUAUACGUUUCGGGUGAAUUGCGUAGAUUUUUGGUAAAUGUUACUACGCAUAUUUUCUAUUGUGUAAGUUUAGGCUAAUGUGUUCAAAAAAUAAAUUAAAAUUUUUGAAAAAAUUGUAGAAAGUGCCUUCCAAAUUUUUGACCACAGUAAGUGUUGGAAUAGGUGCGGCGCGGUGGCGGCCUUUGGCAGCGCGCCCCCUGUGGGCACAACAAAUUAACACUCCCUUUUCUCCUUUUGGCAUCCCUCAUAU